AUGAUAAAUGAUGUAUUUGGGAUGAAUAAAAAUGAUGAUGUGGAUUAUGAUGCAUAUGAAGGACCUUCCGAAUUUGUAGAAACCAUGCCAAAUGAAGAAUAUAUUGAGUUGCUCAGAGAUUGUAACCAAGAGUUGUAUGAAGGAUGUCAAAAGUAUUCAAAGUUGUCUUUUCUAUUAAGGUUGUAUCAUAUAAAAUGUUUGUGUGGUAUGACUAAUAAGGCUAUGACGAUGAUUUUAGAGUUAUUGACAGACGCAUUUGAGUAUGCAAAAUUUCCUAGUUCAUUUUAUGAGGCAAAGAAGGUGAUACAAAAGCUUGGUCUUAAUUGUACCAAGAUAGAUGUUUGCCCAAAAAACUUCAUGUUGUAUUGGGGAGAAGAUGAAAAAUUGGAGAAUUACAAAUAUUGUAAGAAAUCUAGAUGGAAGAAAAAAGAAAAGUCCAUGAGAUGGCAUAUUUUAAACAAUAACCCAGAUGGAUUGUUGAGACAUCCAAGAGAUGGUAAAGCAUGGAAGAGUUUUGAUCAACUUCACUCUGAAUUUGCUCUAGAACCUAGAAAUGUUCACCUUGGGCUUGCAAUAGAUGGCUUCAAUCCUUAUCGAACCAUGAAUAAUAGUCAUAGUAUAUGGCCAGUGAUUUUAAUUCCAUACAACAGACCUCCUUGGGAGUGCAUGAAACAAUCAUCUCUUAUUCUUUCUAUGAUAAUUCCAGGAAAAAAAAUGUCAGGAAACAAGAUAGAUGUGUACUUACAACCUUUAGUGAAAGAGUUGAAUGAGCUAUGGACAGAAGGAGUUGAAACAUAUGAUUCUUUUUCAAACGAAGUGUUUGUAAUGCGAGCGUCUCUCAUGUGGACAAUUAGUGAUUUUCCUGGACUUUGUACUCUAUCUGGGUGGAAUACUUAUACUGGUUAUGCUUGUCCAACUUGUAAUUAUGACGUUUUUCCUUGUCGAUUAAGAUGUAGUAACAAGUGGUGUUUCAUGGGUCAUCGACGCUUUUUAGAGAGAAGCCAUAAAUUUAGAUUGAUGAAAAAGCAAUUUGAUGGCACAAUUGAAGAAAGAGGUGCUACAAAAUUAUUAUCGGGGUUAGAAAUUUUGAAACAACUUGAUGCCAUAACAUUUCAUAGCAAUCUUGAGUCAAGUAGUAGAGGAAACCAAUGGAGAACAAAAGGCAUAUUCUUUAAUCUUCCUUAUUGGAAGGACAAUCUUUUACGUCAUAACCUUGAUGUUAUGCAUCUUGAGAAGAAUGUGUGUGAUAAUGUGUUGUAUACAAUGCUCAAUGAUGAAAAAUCAAAAGAUCAUCUUCAAGCUCGUCAAGAUCUAAAAGAUAUGGGGACAAAAGAAGACCUUUGGCCGGAUGAAAGUGGAAAAUACAUUCCUUUGUUAUUUACAAUGACAAGAGAACAAAGAAAGAUAUUUCUCAAUACAUUAAAGAAUGUGAAGAUGCCAAAUGGUUAUUCAAGUAACAUAUCUUGUUGUGUUGAUGAUGAAAACUAUAGGAUAUUUGGCCUUAAGAGUCAUGAUUCUCACAUCCUCAUGCAACAUUUACUUCCAAUAGCUAUUCGAAAUGUUUUGCCUCACCAUGUGACUACAGUGUUGGUAGAGUUUUCUUCAUUUUUCAAGGAGUUAUGUUGUAAAAGAUUGAAUAUCUCAGAUCUUGACAAGUUACAACAUCAAAUUGUGCUUACUCUUUGCCAUUUGGAAAUUCUUUUACCUCCAUCAUUCUUCACUGUGAUGGUCCAUUUAACUUGUCAUCUUGUUGAAGAAGUGAAAUUGGGAGGACCAGUCUACUAUCAUUGGAUGUAUCCAAUUGAAAGUGAAUUCAAAAUAUUCACUAAGAGAAAGACAAGAAAUCGAAGACUUUCAAAUGCAGAGUUAGAAAAGAUAGUUAGUAAAGAAUUUGCAAAUUGGUUUCAUCAAAGGGUUACAAAUCCAGACAAUACAUAUGUAAUUCUAGAUGAAUUAAAGUAUCUAGCAAGAGGCCCAAUGCCAAUUGCAAAAAGAUAUUUUGCAUAUAAUACCAAUGGGUACAAGUUUAGAACAGUAAGGCGGGAUGAAGGUUUACAAACACAAAAUAACGGAGUUUUUCUAACUUCAAACACAACAUGUGUUACAAGCAAUAAUGAUGAAAAUUUGAGGCUAACGAAUUUGCCAUACUAUGGGAAGUUAGAAGACAUAAUUGAGCUUAACUAUUAUGGUUUUCUUAGAGUUGUCCUCUUUAGAUGCAAAUGGGCUGAUACUACACAUUCUAGAGGAUUUAGAAAGGAUGCUUGGAAAUUCACUUUGGUAAACUUUUCUCAAUCUAUUCAUAUGGGUGAACUUGAAGAGCAUAACCCAUAUAUUGAAGCUUCACAAGCACAAAUGGUGUAUUAUGUUGAUGAUGAGGUAAAUAAGGGAAUGGAGGUUGUAGUCCACAUGAUGCCAAGGAAUUUGUAUGAUAUGGGAGACAUUGAUGAAGAUAUUAUAUUUGAAAGUGAGUCAUACCAUGAGCAAGAUUUGAAUAAUUUAUUUACAAGUGAAACUGAGGCAAUAACAUUGGCAAGGGAUGAUAUAGAUAAUGAAUUUGUUAUUACAACUCAUGUUGAAACCUUCCUUCAAGGAGAUACAAGUAUGUUUGAAUAA